CGCAUUAUCUCGGUGGUACUGUGCGCCGGCUGUGCCUUGCCUGUGGCUUCCUCCUGGACCUUGUUUCACCCUGCAGUCUCGAAGGGGGCGUUGGCCAGUGUCCAUUGGAUCGAGAGCCCUUCGAAGAAGCGGAGUGCUUUGGUUAUGAAUUCCCGGCCAGGAAAGCAAACACCGUGAAGGUGUACUGCUGGAACGAAGCGCACGGCUGCGAUUACACGUACAACAUGGACCGCAUGCUGGAACACUACCAGAACGAGUGCACAUUUCACACAGUGGAAUGUUUGCGAUGCGGCGAGGGAGUCCAGCACAGAGACCUGGCAACGCACUACGCGGCCGGAUGCAGUGCCGGUGCUUCUACCGCGAUCACGGAGUCCUCGCCACCUGCAGCACUGACCAUUGCAGACGUGAACGCUGCCCUUGAAGACAUGAAGGCGAUGCUGGGAUGCCUCAACCACGACCUGCUGCUGCCAGCGAUUCAGAGUCAGUUGAAUGAGCUUACGGAACAAGUCAGAAACCAGGAAGCUAGGUUCACUCGCGAGCUCGGAGCAUGCGAGCACAACUUAAAGGGCGAGAUGGCUCAAAUCACCGCGACGAUUUCAUCGACCGUGUCGCACCAGCGGACGUCUCAGCAAAAUCCAUUGGAGCAAGCCAGCACGUCGAGGUCACUGUCGUUGCGCUCGCACCAAGAUCUGAUACUAAGAAAGUUGGAACACUUAGCCCACCUGCAACACUCGCGGCAAACUUCCCCGAAGCCUGAUUUAAACCCGCUCAUUGCUCAUUGUGAGACUUUGUACGGUGGCGUUCGGCAUUUGACCAGUGCGCUGUCGACAACCACGCUAAUUAAAGGAAUUUGGUACGUGCAAUAUGUCCUUACCCUAGAAAACUGUGAGGAAAUCAUUCAGUGGCAGGGACACCUAAAGAAAUUUGCUGAGAUUACAGUGUGGCACACGAGGGACACGUACUUUACGUUUGCCGUUUCGAAGCACGGUACUAGUUUUCCACCUACACUCUUUGUGGAGAUCGAGUUUAACGGGAUGCUGGUAGACUCAAAGUGUUGGCCUCCUUUCUGGAGCGUGCGUGCGGUGAAUAAAAUAACAUCCAAUGAACGUUCAUUGGCUUCCUAUGCCAAGCCUUGUUUGUGCAAGCGCGAUGAUCCCUCAUUGGCACACUUCCACCUCGAAUUUCAUACAGACAUUGCCUCACUGAAAAAUUACGGCGACCUCCUAGAUGGAAAAGUAGCGUUCCGUAUCAUGCUCAGCGAUAGAAAGAUGUACGGUUGGAUCAGAGGAGCACCCUAGCGUUCGUCAUCGCAGAAUGUGUAUUGCACUGGGGAAUCCUGCUUGCGCUUUCUCAAUAUGUGUCACAGGAGCUUAACGAAUUUGUGAUCUCCUUUAUCCUCAAUAAAGUGGGCUCUGGGAGAUUUCUUUCUUUAUAUUUGUUAUCCUUUGUAGCUGUCAACCUAUUGUUUUCUGACUUUCUUGGCUGUUUAUUUUGUUUAUGUUUUGUGCAAAUACA